AUGGCUACUGGAUUUGAUCCAAAGGGGGUUAAGGAAACUGAUCCUACUUCAGAAGAGAUGAAGGGAAUGCCUUUCCAAGAAAAAAUGUCUGUGGAAAUAGAGGGGCAUCUAGAACAAGAAAGAGAAAAAGAAACUCAUUGUCGACGGCUAGAGAAUGAAGUGGGCUCAACCCCAUCUAACCCAUGUAUCAGUACUUACAGUGUGAAACUUCCUGUGUUUGAUGAAGCUGUGGAAGACUUAGAUACUUUCUUAGGACGCUUUGAGUGUGUAGCUCAGCUACAGAACUGGGAUGUAAAUAGCUGGGGGGUGAUGCUUGGGGGUCAAUUGAGAGGCCGAGCAGCGGAGGUGUACUUGUCACUCACAGACACUGAGAGACGAGAUUACGAGGCUGUGAAAGUAGCACUGAGAGAAGCAUUUCAGCUGACUCCAGACUCCUACAGGUGUCAGUUUAGAAAUGAACGAAGACUCGACAGAGAAACAUUUCCUCAAUUUGCCACCAGACUGACCCGCUAUGUAGAAAGAUGGCUGAGCUUGUCUGGAAAAGAGACAAAGUAUGAAGACUUGCUCGAUCUAGUUUUGCAAGAACAGAUGUUAGAGGUUAUAGGAGGAGAGAUGGCCAUCUAUCUCCGCCAAUGUUCUCCAAAGACUGUGAAGGAAUUAGCGAUGUUGGCGGAGCGCUACGCUGAUGCACGUAGAGCUGCCAAACGUUCACCAGGAGUGCCAGGUCGAACUGACUAUGGGCAAAAGGAUAGGAAUGAGUUGACAGAACAAGCUGGAUCGCAGGAAAUCACAUGUUUUAAUUGUGGGAAACCAGGACACAUAAAGAAAGACUGUAAAAACCGAAAACAAAGUUUUGUUCCUGGAAAUAGUUCGAAGGUGACUGUUGUUAGGUGCGCCGACCAGCCAGCACAAUCAGAGACAGGGUCCUACAAUCCUUAUUGUCUGGCUACUGUCGGGGAGAAGACAGUGAAAGCUUUGCGUGACACAGGAGCUGAUGUGUUGGUAGUGGAUGCAGAUUUGGUAGCUCCAACUGAUUUGCUACCUACACACUGCAGUAUAACCAUGGCUUGCAAGAAUGAGGUUCUCUCAUGUCCAACUGCUUUAGUGCGAUUACAAAGUCCAUUCUAUUGUGGUGAAGCAAUAACUGUGGUACUCGCCAAUCUGGUGGUGCCUGUCAUCAUAGGCAACCACAUCGAGCGGAGAGAUGGAACCAAAGUGCAGUGUCGGUUCAUUCUCCAUUACCACCAGUGCCGCCACCAGCUGUUGCAGUUGUGA